AUGGACGUUAGUGAAAUGAUUGCCAGUGCUAUUAAAAAGCCGAAAAAAAAAGGUGUCAAAAGUAAAAAAAAAAGAUUAACUUUUCAAGAUGAAGUGCAUGCUGAAGAGAAGUUACUUUUAAAAGAUUCAACACAUUUAGUCACAGCAAGAAGUACUAGCUAUCUUACCUUUGGCUUUGUUUUUAUUAAAAGCUUACCUUAUCAAGGUUUAGAUAUAGUAGGAGCAACCUAUAACAACAGGAGUAAAAAACUGGUGCUGAUCGAUGGAAGAGGAUUUUUCAGUUUAGAUUUGAUUCCUUCUAAUUGUACUGUUAAAAGAGAAAUGAAUUUUCAAAAGUAUCAAUUCAAUUUGGCAAGGAUCAUCACUUACUCUGACAAAUUCAAUGUUUACUUUGUUCUGCAAAAAGAUUUUGCAAUAAAGGUUUACAACAAGGACUAUGCUGAAAUAUGCUGUAUAGAAAAGCCAGAUUCAGGACGAUUAACAUUUAUAUCAUUUAACCCAGUGAAAGAUGAACUCAUCAGUGGAGGAAUCACUGGCGUAAAGACUUGGAAGUUUAAAGAAAAGAAGGGCCCACUUGAGACUAACCCCAUCCCAAUGUACAAUUACGGCCUUUUCCUUAGUACAGAAUAUCCACACAUGGGGAAGAAUUGGUGUACAAAUAUGGAUUUUGAUGUCCUUAUGCAAAGAUAUUAUUGCUUUUCUGAUGGUCACUUCUUCUGUUAUGAUAUCAAUGGGAAAUUGCUACUUGAGAUACCCAAUGCACAUCAAAGUUCAAUUCUCUCUUGUGUCUACUCAUCUGAUGUUAAUAUUUUGCUUACUUCUUCAAAAGACAGUGAAAUAAAAUCUUGGAAUGACCAAGGCUGCUUGCUGCACGUAUUUCAGGGUCAUUCCAAAACUGUUACAAAGCUUCUACUGCACCCAAACACUACCUCUUUAUUUAUCUCUGGAUCUCUAGAUGGAUCAGUCAGACUCUGGUCAUUUGAUACUAUGGAUGCUUUUUACAGUUUAUCCCUCUUCCAAGAAGGAGUACUUUGGAUUGGCACAAUGGAAGAUAAAUUCCUGUACUGCUGUUCUGCUCACAAUGUUCAUAUUUAUGAUCUGAAUUCAUUUACCAGCUUUUGGACUCAUAUCAACAGCCCAAUAAGUCACCUCCACAUCUGUAAUGCUGUUGGGAAGUCCAGCCGGGUGGUUGCAAUGGGUGUUGACAACAGUUUAAGAAUAAUCUCUGUUCAAAAUGGGACAAAAUUAUGCACCGUCUUGCCACCUCCUUAUCCUACCUUGCUUCAGUCAGUUCUCAGCUUUACCUACAACCGAACUAGUGGAACUAUUUAUUUUCUCUUGACACCCUGUGAUAUAUGGGUUUAUACAGCAAGGACUGAUCCUGCAUGUAGAGUAGCAGUAUGGACUACUAGGGAACUACAAGAACAUUUACAUCGAAAACACCCCUUAGCUUCAUGUAUUGAGAAGAAUGAAUAUUUUCAACAUACCCAAAAAAAUAACUUUAGGACUUCAGUGAGAUGUGAAUGCCUCUGCAGCUUGUCCUCACCACUAUGUUACUUGGUAGAUGAAGGGAUGGUGUAUGCAGAUAAUCAGGAAUUUCUGGUUCUUGGUAUGCAGGAUGGAAGAAUUCUGUUUCUCCAUACAUCAAUUCAAAACUUGGUAUAUUAUGAGAUGGCUACCUAUAAAGAUCCUGUCAUCCAUUUACAACAUGAUACAGCCUAUCGACAACUGGUAAUCAUGUGCCAGAAACCAAAAUACAAAUUGAUUCACUUCAGAAGCUUACCUUCUCUGGAACUGGUCUUUCAAGUUUAUAUACCGAACGAUGGCAUUGUUUUCACAAGGCUUGACAGAUCACUUUUUAUUGGCCUGAAAUCUGGCACUGUGGAUAUUUUAAGUAUUCUAGAGGAAGGCAAUGAAAUGACAUUUCCUGAAAAAGAGGAAAUAGAAGAAGAUGCUUCAGCAAACUAUCAUGAUGGUCCUGUAAUAGCAGUGGAUUCCUGCAAGAAUCUUUCUAUCUUUCUGAGUUGUGGUUCAGAUGCCAUAAUAAAACUAUGGAAUAUUAACAAAAUCCUCGUGGCUGAGAUCACGCUUGAUAACACUUUAAGCACAGCCUGUUUCCUCAAUAGUUCUGGUGACAUUUUACUGGCUUUCAAAAAUGAUAUUUAUAUCUUGCAUCACAAUAAAAUAUCACGCAUUUUGAAAACUACUGUUCAAACUGCCAAAGUCUCAGAAACAGAAUCCUAUAUUUUUGAAAGCCAGCUUUUAGAUGAACAAGACAAAAUUGAUGUCUCUAAAUCAGUUGAGAUGGCUUCAUAUCUGGUGCCUUAUAAAGGCUAUGCCUUCACUGAAGAUUUUACUUCAGAGCUGCAGGUUUUGCCAAAGAAGAAAGGAAAGAGAUUCUGGAAACUUCCACUAGCUCCUUCAAAGAUAUACUUGUCUCCUUGUACCUCAGAAGCAUCUUUAAAAGUGUUUGAUUUCCUUCUCCAAGCUGGAACUCAUAACCUAGAAGAACAAGAUAAAGUUAAAAUGUCUGAAAGGAUGAUUGUGACUAAAGAUAUGAAAUAUGUACCUGGGCCCAAACCUGCAGCACCAGCAGUGUUGGAAAUACCAUUCUUUGGAGUUUCUCCAUGUCCAUCUUUUGUUCAAGAGCCACCUAAGACAACUAAACAGCAGGAAGAGCAGAAAACAGAACAACAAUACAAUGAAGGCUAUAAAUCCCCUUAUGAAAAACAUACAAGAGGGAUGAGCUGGAGGAGGAAAGAAAAUGAACGAAUUCAGCAAGUGGAGGAACGUCUGUCGCAAGAACUUAAAAAAAGGCCGUGUUCUCACACUCGCUGUUUCACACCUGACAGCUCUCAGCAAUAUAAAACAUUAGAAUAUUUUGACAUUGUUCCUGAAUCAUUGUUUACUUGGAUGAAGCCUUACAAACAAUAUCACGGUCGCCCAUAUACUGUGAUGGAAGAAACUACCAUUAACCUUCCUAGGGACUUUCCUUACAGGCUGGCCUGGGGGACACCAACCACCCAAGAUCUGAACAUAAAACUUUAUCAUCCCAAACUGAAAUUCAGAAAGGAACAAAGAAUAAGCAGACUGCUUGAAGAGAAAAUUUUGCAACCAACCAGAUCAAUUCCGGACAAAGGGAGAUACAUCUUAGUGAAUGACUCAAAUCCAGCACCUUCAGCUCCUGUUAUGAGUUCACUGGAAAGCAGGUUACUCAGUGCCCGUUUCCCUGGACAGAAAGAAAAGAUUCUCCGUUCUCUCCUCUGA